CUAGACGACGCUCUAGACGAUCUCUCGACACGACGAUAUGACAAUGGCAACCACGACAGGGGCGAGUGCCGAGGGCGCGAGGAAGAUGAUGUGCGUCGAUGGCAACACUUUUCGCCGCGUCCUACUCGCGAGGGCAGCCUUCCGAGGCGUGGUCUUCGGAGGCGUGUUGUACCUCGGCGCCACCACGCUAGACCGCAUCAAGCGCCUGGAGGACUCGAAUGCUGCCAUGGCGCUCAAGCUGGACACGGUCAACAAGGAGGUCGUGCAGCAUUGAACUCCCACAGAAGCUCAAGCCAGAUCGUGCCGCGUGUGUGACGUGGAUGGUUGCGGGCCAUUCGUGGCGUGGACGUCUGCGAUGACGGGUGUGUGUGUUUUGUGUCGGACUAUCUAGUUCCGAGGUGCCCGUCCACCUCGAGAUCGAGGUUCGAGCUAGUUCCGAGGUGCCCGUCCACCUCGAGAUCGAGGUUCGAGCCGGGCCAUGGCCGCAGACUCGUGCGAGCCCGUCAUGUGCGGUGUCCCGUGUGGACAUUGAGGGAAGGAGGGCGGGCACCGCGGAGUAUGACAUCAACACCCAACAAACUUACC